AUGAAGGCACUCUUUUCCCAGGCCCUGUCACUUGCGGCACUCGCAAUGACAUGGAGCCCUACUCAGGCAGAGCAACUUGCUGCCCGCGAUAUCACCAUGUUCGAAGAACGCUUCCUUAACUCGCUCGAAUAUCAGCUCCCCAACAAUACCAUUAAGCUGAUCGGCUUCAAGAAGGUCAAAGUUCCAGAGCACGAACGUGGCGACCUAAACCAGCACUACCUGAGCAACCCCCAGGAAUGGGGAAAGCUGAAGAAUUAUUUCUACGAUCCAUCCAGCGGUACAUUCCGAAUUUAUUUCCCUGUGGAGGGGGCCAUAGUCUCGCAUGACGGGAAACAACACGAGGCAAACCACCUGGGAGAGCUCAAACUCCCAAAAAUUCACGGCGAUUACUCAGUCCUAGGCAGGAAGCAGACUUCCCACGUCACCGGUGUCGAAGGCAAUAUCAUCAAAGACGGCAUUAUUUACCUCGAGAACCCUCCAAAGCCGCACGCUCAGCAUGGGAACGCCUACGUAUAUGACUUUGGGGUCAAGGUCGUCCUUGACCACGACCACAGCGGGCGCCUCCAGAAGCGAAAGGGGAAGAAAGCGUGCAUGAACAACCACGGUGGUCCCAAUUGCAGCUACAAAUACAACAUCCAUGGCAAAUGCAAGCGACGUCGUGACACCUGCAUGGAUUAUAACGGCUGGUUUUCCAAUUGCAAGAAGAAUGGCCCCACUUGGAGAAACUUCCCAGGAAGUGAUUGCGACAAAGCCCUUGGCCGUGGCCAUUGUUGGAAUGAAGUUAUCAAUCAAGAUCUUCUCAUUGAAACUGCCGUAGUACAGACAAUGUUCACAAACUCGUUCAACAGACUGCCAGUUCACCUAGCUAACUUUGCUGGCUCAAAAGGAUUCCUUCCAACAUUGCUGGCCUUAUUCUUAAGUGUGAGAGUCACAACGCUGCCCAGUAGUGGAGCGUUUGAAAACCUGCCAUUGACUGACCACUUGAUGCUAAAAGAAGCUAGGAAGAAGGUAGUUACAUGUAACUACUCCGCUACUGGCCAGCAGGUUAUCAUGGACCGACAAUCACCGACGCUUUCUAAGGAAACCACCUAUCAUCAGAGGUCGAUUGGGCACCUUGGGCAGGCAGGAGGAAUAGAUACGGAUAAUUUUCCACUAAACAAUACACUCGGCUCCCAACGAUAUCUCCCACAUUCAAAUUUUCCGCGUCUAGCGGACCUCAAGCAUCUCCCACGUGGUAUCGUACUCGAAACCAUCAUGUCUACCAACUUGUUGAAAUUUUAUUUCAAUAUCGAAUUCGUACAACCAGACUACGAAGUCCAGCGUGAAAUGCGCGACCCCCAGUCGUACUGGUACCCACCGACAGACCCAAAUGGCGUUUCCGUUGUGGCAACAACUGGAUGGAGAAAAUGGGACGCUGGUUCAAUCACCCAGGCACACGUGCCUGGGGGUAUCAAUGUCCAAGAAUGUUCUCUCUUUUAUGAUUCCGAAAGGGAUAUUUUCCUGGGAGUGCCGUUUAACUGCAAGAAAACUAGUGUGGAAAAAGAGAUUAGAACUACGGACGAGGCGCAUGGCUGGAGAAGACUUAUGUUCAAACAUCUGGAACCCAUAGACUCCGGUGAUCAUUUAUCAGUUCUUGCCUUCGAUGCUGCAUUUAAUGUCUUUGCCGCUCCGGGAUCCCCAAGAUGGAUGCCAGAACUUAUGCCAUAUACCUACGACUACAAUAAUCUGGAUAUUUAUGUCCCCGGACAGACAGCUCUUGCUGGAAACCUGGCUCUCUUGCUUGGAUUGGCAGCUUUUAGCGGCCCUUUUCCUGAACGCAGUCUUGACGUCGAGCAGUCGUUGAAUGCGAUCCGAGCAUUCAGGCCUCCUCAUUGGGUUCCUCAUGGAAUGAAAAGUCGAAGGCCUCAUAGCCGAGGGGUUAUCGUCUCCAUCAGGGGUGUCGGAGGCAACGAGGCGGUGCUGGACAAGUGGGCACGGGGAGAUUUGGGUCCGUUGAUCAACCCAUGAUCAAUAGUCCUAUAUCAUGCAUUACCAA